CUCCCCCAGGCUGGAAAAUCCCAUCCAAGGGCAGGCUGGUGUGUCCCCCCCAGCCCUCCCCGCUGCUCUUGUGUCGUCCUUCUCUUCCUCAGCUGAGGUUUUUAAGCAUCUUGGCCAUGACCGGGUGACUGGGGCCCCCCCUUCCCACCAGUGCCAUAAGCCUCUUAGGGGCUUCUCUGCCUGAAGGGCUCAAGGGGGGGUGGGCACAGGGGGUUCCAGCCCCUUCCCCAGGCAGGAGGUGCAAGCAGCGUGCUGACCCCGCACGUGGAGGCCUGGCAGCCUCCCGGCAAGGGCACUGUCACCGAGGUCACUGCCCAGCUGGGUGAUCUUCCUGGUGCCUUUUCUUCCUUGGCUGCCUUUGCCUCCAUCUUAAAACCCCCGUAAUUUGGCCCAGCACAUCCCCCCCUCUGUCCCACCUGGCUGGGCUGGGGGACUCGGGUUCUGAGCUAUCAGGACCCCCACAGACGCCCCCCUCAAGAAGCCACAGAGCCCUUGAGCAGCCCUCACUAACAAAGCCCAGGCUGGAAGCAGCAAUUAACACACCAGGGCCCUGCUCUUUGCUGGAGAAGGAGCUGGUUCUGCAGCCUCGGUAGGAAACACUCCCAAGAUCCCUGUAAUCCUAUUUAUCGGAGUCCAACUAAUUGCAAUUAGUGGCAAGGGCUGAAGUUCAAUUAAAAGUGUACCAAGAUGAUUCCUUUUUAUAAUUGCUUUAGUGUUGGGAUUAAGGGAAGCUUUGGAGUGAUACUGCCCUGGAGGCUGUGGGGCAGGGGCUGCCCAGACCCUCUUUGCUCAGAUUUUGGCCCAAAACACCCUUGGGCUCAGGCUGUGGGUCCCUGUGGGUGAUCUACUGCCUGUCCUGGCACCGUCAGUCCCAGCAGCUCUAAUCCAGCCCCCCCGUCCCAGUGCAGGGUGGGGGGAAGGACAGCAGAUGACCCCUCCGAGAAGAAGGGACGUAAAUAAUCCUAUUACCCCAGCGCAGGAUAAAUUCUCCCUCCCCCUAAAAGGCACCCGGAGCGUCUCCUGGACGGGCCCGGGGGGCACAGGGUCUCCUGGGGAGCAGCGCUGGCCUCGGGCACCGCGGCGGCUGCGUGUGAGGAGCCAUCCCGUGCCUGCGCCGGAGCCGCAGGGAUAACCGCGCCGCGGGGCAGGCUGCCGGCCCCGGCACAGCCAUGAGCCUGGAGCCCCCUUCCAAGCUGGAGAUCAAAUCAGCCACCAGGGUGACCGGGGGACCUGCCACCCCCCGGAAAGGACCCCCCAAAUUCAAGCAGAGGCAGACGAGGCAGUUCAAAAGCAAACCCCCCAAAAAGGGGGUGCAGGGAUUUGGUGAUGACAUCCCAGGAAUGGAAGGGCUGGGAACAGAUAUCACCGUCAUCUGUCCCUGGGAAGCCUUCAGCCACCUGGAGCUGCACGAGCUGGCUCAGUACGGCAUCAUCUAGGCACGCCAGGGCCACCGCCAGCUGCCUGCUCCAUAGUGCUGUGUAGGUAGAAGCCCCCUCGGCUGGGCAGAGGGGCUCAGCCUGGAAAAAUGCUCAUUAAAACCCUU